UAUAUAUAUAUUAUUAAAUAUCAAUAUUUUUUUAAAAUGUCUUGUAUAAAAUAUUCAUAUGGCAAUAACGGUGGAGUUGCAGAAGCAAUUGGAAAUUGGGGGUUUUCUAAUAGAACUUGUAGUAGUGGUCAAGAACUUCAACGUUUAAAAUGUUUAUUUGCAAAGAUGGAUUGUUUGCGUACUACGAGACCUAUGUCGUAUGUUCAAUAUAAUCGUAAAAAUGAUCCUGAAGCAUGGCAUGUUAAACCAAGUCCAGAUGAAUGUAAACCCCCGUGGACAUUUCCCGAAAACAGACCUUUGAUAACUUACGAUUCAACGGCAAAUAUUAUAUUAACGUCCAGUUUUCACGAUGUUGCAUCUGAUUUAAUUUACAAGAUACCUGGUAGAACGUAUUUGUUGCAAGGUACAUAUAAGUGGUAUCGAAGAGGUCCAGAUUGUUGUCCACAACCAAGUUGUUUAGCACCUCAAUGUAAACAAUUAUGUUACGUUUAAAAAAUUGUAGAUUUUACUUACAAAUAGUACUUGUUUCAUAUUUUGCAGUUGUAAAAAAUAAAUUUUUUGCUGUCAUAGAAUUUCUAGGAUAUAGAAAAGUAAUUGAAAUUAUCACUUGCAAAGAUUUUAUUACACCGCAUUUCAUUAAAGCAGAGCCUGUUACAGCGCGUCUAUAUAUAUAUGUAUAUGUAAACACACCUAUAUAUACACGCACAUAUAUAUACACACAUAAGCAUAUAUAACACUAAGGUACAGCAUAUAGCAUUAGAUAGGACUAACAGUAUUUUUUAAUUUGUAUGGAAAUUUCCCAAAAGAAUCUUAAUAUAGGAUAUUACACAGGAAUUUCUGGUAUACGUGAAAAAUCUACAAAUAUUUGCGUUAGUUAAAAAAAAGAAACUGAUUGACCCUUUUCAAGCGAAACGUCGGAGUAGUUCAGUUAUGUGAGUCAAGGGAUCUGAUAUUUCGCCAAGUAAUCC